CAGGUUCUCGGAGACUUGACGCUUCCUACAGCCUCAAAGCCGGAGCAUCGGCCGCCUGCUUGGCUUGACGUUGGUUGUCAAUCCUAUCUUCUGGACAGACCGCUCUCGGGCAAUCCAAUGGCCUGGCCUGAUCCCGUCGUCUUCAUCGCCCUUUUGCCCAUGCAGCGGAUCACCUACACAAAUUCGGACCUGCGCAACGGUUCUGGCUCUGUCGGAAGUGCUGGUGUCAGUGUCGUCUACAGCGGUGGAAAGGUUGCUGGGUCGGUGUUGAUAGACCCGAAGGCAUCGAAACCGGCUACAGUGGGAUCCGGCAGCUUAAACACCGAAGGUCUGAUCUCGGCUGGAAUGAACUUCGCUCCCGGCUCUCCCGCUACUGUAGCAAAACACAUAUUUAGCCCAUUCUCCAUGCUCCCCAUGGAUGACGGCUUUUCGCGGAAUAGUGGACUUUUGCCGUCGCUUCUACCGAUUCGCAAUGAUCGACAGCCUUCCAGUCUUCCCGCCAAUACUCCUUCAUGGCCCCGAUUUGCUUUUAACCUUGUAACUGUCAGUUUGAAGGGUUUGAUAGGGCAGCACACUUGGUGUCCAACAACGGGUGCUAUGCCCAAAGUGGCUCCUGCUCAGCUCAGCCACUGCGGCGGCAUGGAUGAAAGCCGAAUCGGUUUGUCAGAGUCGGACAGUUGUGCAUUGGAAGAUGGUACCAAUUUCGCGGCCGACAACCUAGCAUUUGGUAGGAGAACACAGACAAAUGAGAAUGGGUCAACAAGCAGAAUUGGUGAUGGCAAAAGACAAGAUUGCUACUCGACACCAUUUGCAGAUAUGGAUGGCGGAAGCUCUUUUACUUCACGUUCAUGGGAUAUGUUUGCUGAGCUUGGCCAGAAUGAUGUUUCACAAAUGUCAGGAGCUUAG